AGCACACCAGCCAAUUUAAAUAUAUUUAAUUAUAUAUUUAAAUUAAAGGUGGAUUAAAAAAAAGACACUAGUUGUGCUUUUUUAAAUUCCGUGUGUGAUGGUUGAUUUUUAUCAACCUAUUUUCCAAAUGAUUGUUCAUUUCAAUAUGAACGUUGGCAGUAUUCCCAAUUUGUAUCUCAGCUGAUAAACUCGAUAGAUUUAUUAUUAUUAUCACAUAAUACAAUAAAGUAUUUAUCAACUUUUUUUUUUAACUUAUUUAUAUUUUUCGUUGAAAUAUUAAUUAUUUAAGACGUUAUCAUGGCGGAUAACGUAUUAGAAGAGUGUAGCAGUGAGCAAUUGGAAAAAGUCCUACAAUUUCAGGAAUUGACAACCAUUGAAGAUUUAUCUAUUUGCCGGGAUGUAUUACAGAGGCACAACUGGAAUUUGGAAGUUGCUGUUCAGGAACAACUUAAUUUAUACGAAGGAAGACCUUCAAUGUUUGCACAAGAUUCACGUGUAAGACCACCAACAGUUGUCGAUGAUACUAGUUCAAGAAUUUAUUUUAGUCCACCUGGCAGCUCAGGAAGCGGUGGUGGAUUUUUAUCUUUUGUAUUUUCCAUGUGCUACAAUUUAGUGACUAGUAUAUUACAAAUAGUGUUCGCUAUUUUCCGAACUAAUGUCCGACCUGUUGCUUCAGAUCCAAUAGAAGAUGUAAUGAAUUUUAUCAGAUCUUAUGAAGAAAAAUACGGUACAAAUCAUCCUGUAUUUUACCAAGGCUCUUACAGCCAAGCAUUAUCAGACGCUAAACAAGAAUUGAGAUUCUUGUUAGUUUAUUUACAUAAAGAUGAUGCUCAAAAUGUUGAGCAAUGGUGCAGAAACACUUUGGGAAAUGCUGAAUUGAUUAGAUUCAUCAAUACUAAUACAUUAUUCUGGGCUUGUAAUGUACAAUCUGGUGAGGGUUACAAAGUUUCUGAAGCCUUAAAAGCCGGUACUUAUCCCUUUUUAGCGCUUAUUGUCCUCAAAGACAAUCGUAUGACUAUUGUUGGACGAAUGGAAGGAAUACCAUUCCCAUCAGACAUAAUGUCCCAGGUUCAAGCACUAAUGGAUCACAACGAAAUAAAUUUAAUUCAAGCUCGCCAGGAUCGAGCUGAACGUAGUGCUAACCAAUCAUUGCGUGAACAACAAGAUCAAGCUUACGAGGAGUCAUUGCGCGCUGAUCAAGAAAAGGAUCGUCGGCGCGAGGAAGAACGUAGAGCACGUGAAGAACAAGAGGCUCGCAAACUUGCUGAAUUAAAUGCUCAAGAAAUGGAAAUCGAACGUAUUCGUGUUGCUAAGGAACUUACUGUACAAAAGGUACCGGCUGAACCGGAACCUAAUCAUCCUAAUAUCUGUCAUUUACAAAUUAAAUUAGGUGAAAGGACGUUGAAGCGAAGAUUUCUUAUGUCGAAUACUUUAGAGGACGUAUACAACUGGAUAUUUAGUCAACCCGAUUCACCAGCAAAUUUUGAAAUAACAACAAGCUACCCCAAGAGAGUAAUUUAUCCAUCUAUAGAGUUACUAAGUCUCCACAAAGCCGGAUUAACUCAACGUGAAGUUUUACACAUUAGUAACUUAGACGACUAACCUUUUAUUAAAAAAUAAUUCACAUAAUAUAAAUAAACAUU